CUGUUUAAAACUGGGACUACCUGCGUCUACUGUCAAAAUUCGUUCUUUUCUUGAUGGUGUUAGACAGACAACACUUUUUUGAAACAAUUUUUGUCACUAUAGUAAGAACAAAUUGAAAGUCACAUCGAAGAGGAUCAGCAAUCAAUCAGCAUGACUAGGGCCAGUAUAGAAUUGGGCGAUGUGACACCACACAAUAUCAAGCAGUUGAAGAAACUGAAUACGGUCGUGUUUCCCGUUACGUACAAUGACAAAUUUUAUAUUGAUGUCUUGGAUGCUGGCGAAUUGGCUAAAUUGGCUUACUACAAUGACAUCGUUGUCGGAGCGGUGUGUUGCCGAAUAGACACAUCGGAAAAUCAAAGAAGAUUGUACAUAAUGACGUUGGGUUGCUUGUACCCGUAUCGUCGAUUAGGAAUCGGAUCUGUGAUGGUUAACCACAUCCUAAGCUAUGUGGAAAAGGACGGCAAUUUCGAUAGUAUAUUCCUUCAUGUCCAAGUGAAUAAUGAGAGUGCCAUAGAGUUCUACAAGAAGUUUGGAUUUGAAAUUGUCGAAACGAAGAAUCAUUACUACAAACGAAUCGAACCAGCGGACGCGCAUGUGUUAGAAAAAAAUUUGAAAAAUGUAAAAAAUUGUGAUUCAAGUGGAGUGGCUGUGACGUCCAACAAUACCAGCGAUGCAUCCAAACAAAAUGGGAUCGACUCUGCAUCGAAUAGUCAUCACAAUCAAUCCAAAGCAACGGCUGUUGGUGCUACAAAUGAUUCGCAUUAGUUGGUUCGGUCGUAGAUUCGAAAUCUCAAAUUAAUGUUGAGCUGAGAGAGAAAAAAUCAUGUAAAACAAAACCAAACGUCGUCGUAUAAAAACAAUUUUUUUUUCUGUUGUGUUCCAAAUUUUUCGUUUUUUUUUCUAUUGAAAACUUAGAUUCAACAAAUUUUAACUUCAAAAAUUGUUGAAUGUUUCGCGUCAAGUCGCUGAGUUGUGCAUAAUGUAAACAUUUUUUU